CCAUCGCGGAAGUCUAUUUGAAUUGCUACAUCGAUGUUUGUGAUGAUAUUCAUAACAAGGAGAACACAUUGAUGUUACAUAUGUAAUUUAUUUAUAUGAAGACUUUAUUUAAAACCCAUGAAGCAUGAUAUUUAUAUGAAAUGAGACGUUUAUUCUUCGUCUCUCGUUCUUUAUAUUUUAGUUUCCUCUUUUAGGUCGUCAGGUCGAGUGUUCGGUAGAAGUUCUUCCUCUGAGAGUCUGUUCAGCAGCAGAAUGAAGGUACGGUCCUCAGUUUUUGCCUCCUUUAUUUUGAUAUUUGAAGGCAUUGGGAUAGCCCUGUUCCUGAGGGGAUUUUUCCCGGUUCCUGUCAAAUCUUCGUUUUCAUCGAAGAGCAGACUGUCGGACCUCCCAGCAGAGCCGCUGACAGGAGGCUCUCCUAACUCCUCCCGCCUCCCCCAGCCUCUGUUUAAGAGGGUGGUAGUGAUGCUGGUCGAUGCCCUGAGGGAGGACUUCGUGUUCGGCCCCAAUGGUCGCAGGUACAUGCCCUACACCAGACACAUGGUGGAGAGAGGAUCAUCACACAGCUUUGUGGCUAAAGCAAGACCUCCAACUGUCACCAUGCCCAGGAUCAAGGCUCUUACCACUGGAAGUAUCCCAGGCUUCAUAGAUGUCGUAAUGAACCUGAACUCUCCUGCUCUGCUGGAAGACAACCUCAUUUGGCAGGCCAAGACAGCCGGGAAGAAAAUGAUCUUCUAUGGAGAUGAUACUUGGGUGCGCCUCUUCCCCAAACACUUCAUGGAGUAUGACGGCACGACAUCCUUCUUUGUAUCUGAUUACACUGAGGUUGACAACAAUGUGACCCGUCACUUGGACAGCACCCUUAAAAGAGAUGACUGGGACAUUUUGAUCCUCCACUACCUAGGCCUGGAUCAUAUCGGUCACAUCAGCGGACCCCACAGUUCCCUCAUCCAGCCCAAACUGCUGGAGAUGGACGACAUCCUGAAGAAGAUACACAGCGCUCUCAUUUCAAAGGAGGCAGAGGGGUCUUUGCCCUACCUGCUGGUAUUGUGUGGAGACCACGGCAUGUCUGAGACCGGCAGCCACGGGGGUUCCUCUGAGCCUGAGGUCAAUACGCCCCUGGUUCUCAUAAGUCCAGCUUUCAAAAGAAAAGUUGGGAUGGAGAAGCCUGGAGAAGUGGAGCAGGUUGACCUGACAUCGACUCUUGCCCUUGGACUCGGUCUUCCCAUAUCUCAAAACAACGUGGGUCGUGUCAUCCCUGGUGUUUUUGAGGAUUCCACGUUACGAGACCAGCUCCGCUUCCUGCAUCUCAACGGUCACCAGCUCAGCUGUUUGCUCAAAGACAGCAUACCGGCCUACGACAAAGAGGUUGGUUUUGAGCAGUUCCGUGUGGCAGAAAAGGCUCAUGGGAACUGGGUGAAGCUUAACCUGGAGGGAAACACGUCUGAAGUGCUGUCCAACAUAGGGAAGAAGGUGUUGAAGCAGUAUCUGGAGGCCCUCGCUGCCAUGAGUGCGGCCCUCAGCAAACAGCUGGGCAAGUACGACAUGUACUCCAUGAUCGCAGGCAUGGUGUUUGUGUUUCAGCUCCUGUUGGUCUUACUCCUGGCCAUGCCAGAGGCCCUCAGCGGUGAAGCAGCAGUAGACCUCCCAGUCCUCUCAUCCCUCUUCUCUCUGCCUUUCUACCUCUUGUGCCUCCUGCUCGCCUCAGUACACGUCCUGGUGUGCACGUCCACAGAAAGCUCCUGUUACUUCUGCAGCCUCUCCUGGGGUCUGGUGUUUGCUGCUGUUGCUUUCGCUUCAGCCAUGUUUUGUACCCUUGUCUCCAUGGCAAUGAGGCAUUUUACCCCAGGAGCAAAGAUUCCCAAGAAGCUGCCCCCUGGGACCAGUGAGUGGUCACUGUCAGAGCUGGAUGUUCUACUGCUGGCCGGCACGGUUGGACACACCCUCAGUUUGGCGUCCAGCAGCUUUGUAGAAGAGGAACACCAAACCUGGUACUUUCUGCUCAGCACCCUCUGCCUGGCGGUCUUCCAGGACGUGUGCCGUAAAUACUUCAGAGAGCGAAGUGACACCACUGAUGAAGAUGAAUACCUCCCUCUCUCUCAAGACUGUCAUUCCUCUGUUCACCCAAAGACAGAGAUUUGCUCAGAGAAAUGGCUAGCACUAGCAACGCCGCCUUUCACUCUGCUCUGCUGCAGGCUGCUGCGCUCCCUCAACCAGACUGGGGUCCAGUGGGCCCACCUUCCUGAUGUGGGACAUUGGCUGAACAGCGCUGAACAUCGGACUGUGCUUUCUUUGCUGGCUGCUUUUUGCCUGGUCCUGAUCUACCUGCUGGUCCAGAGACGCUGUUCAUGGGUGUCCAAGGUCGCCCUGGCACUCGGACUUCUGGGUGUUUACAGCUACCGGGCUGCUGUCGGAAAUGUCUUAUUCCCCUGGCAACACUCUGGUCGACCUGUGUCCAAGGGAACGGUGGAGGCUCGCUUCGUUUACGUGUUUGUUUUGGGGAUCCUCUUCACCGGCACCAAGGACCUGCUACGCUCCCAGAUCAUCACAGCUGAUGCCAAGCUGAAGAGCAGGGGAUUGUGGGAAAUUUACAGCGGCUUGGUUUUGUUGGUUUCGCUGUUGUUUCGGGCCCAUAACCUGCCGGUCCUGUGCUGCUGCCUGCUGGUCCAGACGUUCAUGGCCCAGUUUAUCUGGAAGAAGCUCCACUACGAUGCAGCCCAAACCACCAUCAUGCAUUACUGGUUUGGUCAGGCCUUCUUUUACUUCCAGGGAAAUUCAAACAACAUUAACACCAUCGACAUCUCCGUGGGGUUUGUUGGACUGGAGAGUUACAUAGAAGCUCCUGCCAUCUUCUUAACAGCCCUGAGCACGUACGCAGGGCCUCUUCUAUGGGCCUGUCACCUGGUCUGCUACCUGAGCUCAGAGAGAGAGAGGAGUCUGGCAGCCGUCGGCCAUGGCUGCUACUGCUUAGCCCUGCUACGCUCCGUGCCAGCUGCAGCCUACAUUGUACUGGUAACCGUUCUGCGCUACCAUCUCUUCAUAUGGAGUGUCUUUUCACCGAAAUUACUGUACGAGUCCAUGCACCUACUACUGACUGCAGGAGUCUGCCUCUUCUUCAACACCAUGGAGCAAAGCCAGAGCUCCAGUAAGUCUUAAGGAGCGGAACACUAAAUAGCGCAGUGGGCCUAGUUUUCUAUGGAAGGACUUUCAGACUGACACCCACAGCAUUACCCUUCUUACUCUUCCUAUCUGCUAAUGUGAGAGGUUGCUUUUUUAAAGGAUCCUUCUUUUGCACUCUUUCUCCCUAAAACAGUGAGAAUGUACUUCUGUCUUUCUGCAGUAUAUUUAAUUAUUGGAUUCUUGCUGAGGACAAACAUGUUUUUUGACUAUAACGUGUGAGAACAGCUUUUUGAAAGAGUAACUUUUUAACUUAUUGUGAGUAACCUCAGGAUCAGAGAGCUAGAGUGAAGCUGAAUAACUAUGCAGAGUAAUGUUAAGGCUGUAAGCGGUGAUUUAUUAUCACUGGAGAUAAAUGUGUGUAUGUUGACGGCAGUGCAGAUCAGUGAUGUUUCAGUGAUUUUGAUAAACUCUACAACCUUCAGGUGUUCUCAGCCGUUCAUUAUGAUUGAAGUCUUUGUUGUAGUUGGGCUGAGCGUCAUGCAUCGGCCUUUGUUACAGGAGACAUUUUUGUCCUGGAACACCCCCCCCUCCUGUUGAGAGUAAAGGAGGUGAUGAUCCUCAUUCUGACUAACAGUCCAAAUAUCUCCUGAGGUCCUCAGCUGAAGGAGCCAACAGAACAUCAUCUACAAAAAGCAGAGUGGAAGUUAUGAGGUUCCCAAGCCAGACAUCCCCCAGCUGUACUGGCAGAAUGUCUCUACUGUUUGUUUGCUUUAGUCUCUACAUUUUUCCUCAGUCUUUAGAUGAGAUCCAUAAAAACAAUAAAGCACGUGUUGUUUUUUUU